CCCAUCGCCCUGGCCGCCGGCGAGCCGUCCGCCUGGGCGCGCGGCGGGGCCGCGGCGGCGGCCGUCGCGGGCAUGCCCCACCUGGGCACGCUGUCGGUCGGCACUCGCGGGGCCGGGCUGGCCGACCCAGGCCCCGCCCCGCUGGGCGGGCGGAGCCGUGGCGUCGGGGCGGCCCACGGGGACAGCAGCGCGCUGGCAGCUCACGCCGGAGGCGUGCAGUUUGCCGCGGCAGCCCCCGAGUCUGCCACUCAACCUCUGCACGAGUCCUCGCAGGGGUGCCCCGGCACGCCGGCGCAGGCUCGUCCGGUGCUGCGCCUGGUGGCACGUUGGUGCGGCAGCGGCAACGGCUCGCCGGCCUCGGGAGGCCGCCCCGGCCGCCCUGCCGCCGCUGCCGCUCCCGGAGGUGCCGGAGCUGGCGCCGCUGGCCCCCUUGGCGCCCACGCCGCCUUCCUCGCCGCCGGUGUCGCCCACGGUGCUGACGAGGGCCCUCGCGCUGGUGGACCACGGGCCGGUGCACCACGAGGCGGAGCCGCGGAAGGAGCUCGGCAGGCUGUACAGGCUGUGAGGGCGCCGGUUGCCACGGCUGGCGGCGCCGGAGUCCCCGCGCGGCGUGCGGCGCCGCGCAGGCUUCUGUCCGCCCCGUUGGCGCCUGAGCUUCCCCUCGCACAGCGUCUGGGCCCUGUCUCACGCAUAUUCGUGGCGCUGGCCAUCGGCGCGACAGGCCCGGGAGACGUCAGCUGCGACCACCUCCUCGGACAGAGCGGGCCCCAGACCGGCGCCCACGCCCUCUGCUUGGCCAGGGAGGCGUUGUGCACCGACUGGGCCCAGGCUCGGCCCGAGCAGGACCGGUGA